GCUUAUUUCAGUACUAAAUUUCCCAAUCGCAAAAGCCCUAAAAACGAAAAAUUUCAUCAAAUUGAAUUUCCGAUUUGACGGAUUAAUCAUCAAUCGGCGCCUGAAACUUGCUCGGCGAUGUCGUCGAAGCGCAAUCACAAGGAGAAAACCGUGCGGCGCCACCAUAAGGAGGAGAAGCCGGAAGAGCCUGAGCUGCCGAAAUACAGGGACCGAGCUAAAGAGCGGAGGGAAGAUCAGAAUCCAGACUACGAGAUCACUGAACUGACGUCGUUUCAUGCCGUUGCUCCUCCUGGAAGUGUUGAUAUAUUGUCUGCUGAUGCGCACAAGUUAUCUAUUGAGAAGAGUAAAUAUCUUGGAGGUGAUGUUGAGCACACUCAUUUGGUCAAAGGGUUGGAUUAUGCGUUGCUUAAUAAAGUGCGAAGUGAAAUUGAUAAAAAGCCCGAUGCUGGAGAAGAGAAUGAUGGGAAACCUAAAGUACAAAAGGACGAUCAGCCUGUAACUUUCCGCACUGCAACAGCAAAGUCAGUUUAUCAAUGCAUAGUCAAGCCACAAACAGUCAUCAAGACAAAUGAAAUGUUCCUUCCUGGAAGAAUGGCUUUUAUUUUUAACAUGGAAAGUGGGUUCUCUCAUGACAUUCCAACAACUGUCCACAGAAGUAAAGCCGAUUGUCCUGUUCCGGAGGAGAUGGUUACCGUGAGUGUUGAUGGUUCAGUGCUAGAUCGAAUUGCUAAGAUCAUGUCAUAUCUUCGCCUUGGCUCAUCGGGGAAGGUUAUGAAAAAGAAAAAGAAAGACAAAGAUGGAAAAGGAAAGAAUUUUUCUGUUCCUAAUGGAUAUGAGGAAGAUGAAAGGAUUUUGAAAUCUGAGUCUCUGAAGAAUCAAAAUGGUGGAGAAAUCCGACUGCCACCACCUCCCCCACCUCCCAGAAAGAAUUAUCCUGACACGAAAGAGAAGGUGGAGUCGCCCAUUGUUAGGAAAGAAGAGGAAGAUAUUUUUGUGGGUGAUGGUGUAGACUAUACUAUUCCCAGUAAAGAUAUGAGCCACAGCCCAAUUUCAGAGGAUAUGGAAGAAUCUCCUCGGAACAAAGAGAAACAGUCCUACUUUGCUGAGCCUGCGUAUGGUCCAGUACCACCUGCUGAGCUAUCUCAUGGCUGGGAACAAGCAGAUGGAUACGAGGCUUUGCAAGCACAAGCGUUGGCUAGUGGCUACCAAGGAGAGUGGCAGAAUUACCAAUAUGCUGAGCAACUAGCUUACCCUGAGCAGUAUCUUCAGCAAGACAUGCAGGCUUAUGAUAUGCAAGCUCAAGCCGAUCCAAAUGCUCUGCAGGAUCCGCGUUUCAUGACCCAAGAAGAGAAGGAUAGGGGCUUGGGAUCUGUGUUUAAGAGAGACGAUCAGAGACUUCAACAACUGCGUGAAAAGGAUGCCCGAGAGAAAGACCCUAAUUUUAUAUCUGAUAGUUACUCUGAAUGCUACCCUGGUUACCAAGAAUAUAACCGUGAGGUUGUCGACAGCGAUGAGGAAGGUGAUUUGUCCAAGAUGGACAUGGGCGGACGAGCAAAGGGACGGCUUCACCGGUGGGACUUUGAAACGGAAGAGGAAUGGGCUAAAUACAAUGAGGAGAAGGAAGCAAUGCCAAAAGCUGCAUUCCAGUUCGGUGUGAAGAUGCAAGAUGGUCGGAAGACCCGGAAGCAGAACAGGGAACAGAAGCUCACCAAUGACCUGCACAAGAUAAACAAACUACUCGCUCGGAAGAAGGCCGAGAUGGGUGGCGACAAAAAUGAUGACGGCAGGUCGUAUGGCGAUGAAACUCCGGGAAAGAAGCUAAGGAUAUGAUGCAACUUGUUACACAUAUAUAUUUGUAUUAUGCCAUUUCUAGCCAGUUUUCUUCUUCCCAUUUUUUUUGGUUUUGAGUUUUUUACUUGGAUAUUUGAAUUCUGAUUUACAGUUACAAAUGAUGACUACUUGAUGAGA